GGGUGUACAAUAUAAUUGACCACAAAUCUGAGAGCGACAGAAUUUUAGUGGAAGACACUGAUCCUAUAAAUGGCUUUGUAGUGGUGCCAGAUCUUAAGUGGAACGGCGAUUUGGAAACAUUGUAUUUUCUGGCCAUUUGCAAUCGAAGAGAACUGAAGUCCAUCAGAGAUCUAACGGCUGAACAUCUUCCUUUACUAAACAAUAUCAAGGCGACAACUAUUAAUGCAAUUAAGUCUAAGUAUGGUUUAGAUGGUUCUCAGCUACGGAUUUACCUACAUUACCAGCCAUCCUUUUAUCACCUACAUAUUCACUUCACGUACCUGAGACAUGAAGCUCCAGGAAUUCUAGCUGAAAGGGCUCACCUGCUGACGACUGUUAUAAGCAAUUUAGAACUUAUAUCAGACUAUUAUCAGAAAGCUACUAUUCCAUUUGUUGUGAGAGAAAAUGACAGCUUAUUUGAAGAAUUAGCAAAGCAGAAUCUGUUGAAGAAGCGAGAUGGAAAGCAAAUUCCAUAAAUCAAUUGUUGUUGAACUUAGACCUAAGCUGAAAAGUGCAAGUGUUUUUAUAACUUUAAAGGAUGAUUGUCCUAAUGCCACAUCCGUUAUUUUAGUUGAGCACGACUUUAAAGUGGUUUUUGAAAAUGCUGAAAAUUUUACCGUGCCACUGACAAAUUUUGAUGCUCAAUCGUCUACUUUAACAUCCUUAAAAAUAUCAGAACACUUUAUUUCCUUUAGGCUCUUAGCGGGCCAAAGUAACGUUUCAAAUUUUGGUAGUUUUAAAACAGAGCUGCUUGAAAAUAAUGAUAUUGAUAGCAAAUUGAGUAAUUCUACUUUUAUUAAAAAUAAUAUUUUAUAUGCAAUCGACUGUGCAAAUUGCCAAAGAAGUUUAGGUCCCGAUAUUAAAUUUGAAAGAGUGCUGCCACUUCCUGAAAAUUUAGAUCAGGCAGAUUGGUUCUGCCACGGACAUGAUUCAAACCCUGUCAAUUUGCUUGAGCCCAAAACAAAAGAUUUUUUAUUUACUAAUUGCUAUUUCUGCAUUCACAAAGAUAAAAUUAGUAAUUGUUUAUCAAAAAAUAACGUGCUAGUGUGCAAAUUCUGUUUCAAUUGGCUGGGAACAUUAAGCGAAAAUUGCACAGUACGACUGUGGUUUAAUACAGUAACUUUCAGAGAUAAUAAUUGCGGAGUGUUCAACACUGCACCAUUGACAGAUGCAUUUUUAACAAUUCGCGGACUUUUCGAAUGUAGUUUGUUAAAUUCUAUUAAAGCUAUUUUCGUUUAUAAGAAUUCCGAUGGAGCAAAACACUACUUGUUACUCUGGGUGUUAGAGAAGCAACUGAAUAUUUUGCUUAGCUUGAAUGAACAUUCUAAAUCCACGAACGUUGCGAAAACGUUAUUUAAAUUUCUUGAUCAUGAUGACAAUGAGAUUCUUGAGCAAUGGAAAAAUGAUCAAAGCGUAGAUGUUGUGGACGUUUCAAAGAAUAUGAUGGUGGAAGUUAUGAAGCACUUGUAUAAUAACAAUAAACUAUUUCCGGUAGAGUAUUCCAAGUCCAAUAAUUUCCUUGUUUCAUAUUUAUGUAUGUAUGAUUAAACGGGUUUUAAUUGAAGAAUAAAAGUUAUUUUAUAUCUA